AGCACACACCGAUCCAGGGCAUGUGGUCCUUCGAAAAGUUGCUUGUAAUGCCGUCUGACGCUGUUUGACCCUUUUGACUGCUUGGUCUCUGCUUCAAUUGCCUUGCCCUGCCCUGCCGUGAUCCGCACCCUUCUCGCGCCCCGUCUGCUCCUAGCUUGACCGCCGGGCGAAAUCCUCUUGCCCUCUUCUCUCCCGCCUGAAAAACCCCCCCUUUUUCUUUUUCUUCUUUUUUUCCUUUAUUGCUUAUCCUCUUUCAUCUGCGUUCUUCUACACGAAGAAGUCCGUUCGCCCAGAUUCCUCUUUCGGAUCGACUUUUCAGCCAUGACGCCCCGUCGAUCCUCUCGAGCUCGCGGCUCGCAAGCACCUCCCAGCGCAAUCCAUUCCAGCUCGUCCAGUUCCAUAACCUCCCUUGGACGCAUCGAGAGAAACACCCGCUCGAAUAACAAAUUGUCCUCUCCACGAAGAUCAUCCACCCACCCGUCACAGUCCGUAGACGACGCCGACGCACGCUCGAGACACGACCUCCCCCAGACCCGCCAGCGAAACCGCGGUCGCGACGAUGAAGACACCCAUCAACCCCCGCCCGCCAACGAUGAGUACGACGAGGAAGAUGGCGACGAGGAAGAGAUAACAAGGUGUAUUUGCGGCCAGCAAGACUAUCCCGGCCUCCCACCAUCCUCUCGCGAGACAAUCGGUCGUAGUUCCCUAAAGGCUGGAGUCAAGGAAGAAUCAAACCAGGAUCCUUCUGCCGCUGCCUCCGAAAUUCUCUCGGACGAUGCUGGAAGCCUGUUCAUACAGUGUGACUCUUGCAAAGUGUGGCAGCACGGUGGUUGCGUGGGGAUCAUGGAGGAAGCUCUUAGUCCCGACGAGUAUUUCUGCGAAAAGUGCCGAAAAGACUUACACAGGGUAAUUGUCAGUGGAAAUGGUCAGAAGUCCUCUCAGUACCUUCCGGUCGCCGGGACCCCUUCCCCUAUCUCAUCAGCCUCCUCUACCCGCGACAACUCUAGGAGCGCAAGAGAUAAGAAAUCCAGAGACAAUGCAGACGCACCCAAACGAAGAUCUACUAUGAACAGCCGUGAGGCCGCAUACGAAGAAGAACUUUUGCGUCGAGCAAUUGAGGAAAGCAAGGAGGAGAGCAAGUCCAUCAUCGAGGAGACGAACAAUCGUAGAGGAAAAAGAACCAGAAGCGACAGUGAAAUAACCAAACAAACUGCCAAAAGGCAGCGCACCAGCUCCCCUUCUCCUUCUUCCAUUGUCUCGAAACAGUCCCAGUCCCAGUCCCAGCCAGUGUCCGAGGACGAGAAAUCGCGAGCAGCUGUCAACGGCAACAAGAAAACAAGAGGUAUCGUGACUCGAAAUCAGCGAGAGAAGGAAGCUCCAGCUUCUGAAAAAGAGCCCGAGAAAGAAGCUGAAAUAGCUGGCCGACGGAAAGGAAGAUCCGAACGAAGAAAAGCUGAUGAUUCAGAGCCUGAAGCCAAUUCACCAACCAAAAAUACUGUCAACGGCUCAGUUCCGGCUCAGUCCGCCCCUGAGACCCCCGAUAUCCCUCCACCCACGCAGAAGCCAUCCUCCCGUAAAUCUGGCCGUCCUGCACGCAGAGGCCGCGUCGGUCGCAACCAGUAUACUCGAGAUCGCGACAUUGCCAAUGGAAAUGGCACGGAUAAUCAGACAAACUCCCCGCGCCGCGGCCAAUCCCGGGAUGGAAACGGAGACUCUCCACCAGGAAACGGAGCGAACGGUGUUCACGUUAACGGCGGAGAGUCUGGAAAGCCUAGCAGACCACGAUACAUGAACCCAAACCGAACGUCGAUGAACGACAUGCGAAGACGAGUUGCGGCGAUUCUCGAGUUUAUAUCCCGUAUGCAAUUAGAGAUGGCGGCCACAGAAGAGGACGCUACCCCUCACAAUGCAGCGGGCGCCAAUGGCUCUCAGAGUUCUACUGUGGUGGCGGCACUGGAGGGUGCCGUCGUGAACGGUAAUAUUCAGGCUCCAUCAGUUGCCGGAAGUGCAGAGACAACACAAGAAUCCGCGACGCCCAAACCAAAAGAAUUCAAAGAUCUAUCGAGUGUGGAGAUGAUGGACGAGUUGACUCGCGGCCUUCUCAAAUGGCAGCAGGAGUUCGGGAAAUACGGCGAAAAAUGA